CCACACAAUCGUAUAAAUGGAGCCCGAAGGACAUGAAAAGGCGUAGCAAGCAGCUGUUCGUGUGCGAAAGUGAUGCCGAGUUGGCUAGAAACGUUAAGAGAUGAACAGUGACCGUCAGGAUCACAGAAACAUUUGGAUUCAAGCUCACUAACGAAAGGAAGGUUUGAGUCUGUUUCGGGUCUGUUGGUCAUGUCUCGAGGGCCCCUGACCGCCGUCAUAACGACGGUUCUGGGAGCGGCUUUAGGAGGACUGCUCAUCUGGCAGGUGUACCAGACUAAAAAGAAAAAGCCGCCUCCUCUGCAGAACAUGGAUCCUGAUGAAGCUCCGUGUCCUGAGGAGCAUGAGCUCACGGCUGUGGAGUACCAAUACGAGGAGGAGCCACCUUGUCUUACUGAGAAAGAUUUUAAAACCGUGGAGUGUCAGACCCCACAGGCACCCCCUCCGUUCCAGAUCCCGUCUUUCGACCAACUGCUGGCGGUGAAACCGGUGAUGGUGAGCUCUGAGGAGGAGUGGCAACAGAUGUGGCCUCUGAUGCAGAGGGAGUUGGUGGUUUUCCCUGUGCUGGGACUGGACUGUGAAUGGGUAAAGACCGACGGAGUAUCGGUGAAGGGCAGAUCUUCGGCCGUGUCCCUGCUGCAGAUGUCCUCCUACUCGGGUCUGUGCAUCCUUGUGAGGCUGCUGGCGUUUCGCAGUGAGCAGCAGUCAUUCCCUAACAGCUUGAUCGAUGUCCUCAGAGACCCCCAUGUUUUAAAAGUUGGUGUUGGUUGCUAUGACGACGGGAAGCGUCUGGCAAGUGACUAUGGCCUGUCACUAUCAUGUACAGUGGACCUGCGUCAUCUUGCUCUGAGACAGAGACAGUCUCCUGUGAGUAAUGGCCUCAGUCUGAAGUCCCUGGCUGCAGAUCUACUGAAUGUUUCUCUGGAUAAAUCUAUGGAGUUGCGCUGUAGUGACUGGGAGGCAGACCAGUUGACACUAGAGCAGAUGACUUACGCUGCCAGAGAUGCUCAGGUCUCCAUUGCUCUCUUCCUCCGUCUCCUCGGCCUCUGGUCUGAAGCCGGUCCCGUCUCCACCAGCAGGAGCUCCUACCUGGAGCUGGUCUCUUGCUGCCAGGGCCUGGUGGACGUCCCGUUUAGGGGCAGAGGAUACAGAGACAUCAAACCCAGUGAGGGAGAGAAGAGGAGAGAACGGAAGAUGGCGGCGUGUGAAAGCCCAGAGUCUGGAGAUCAGCAAGUCCCAGACCCUCGGAAGAACAAGAGGAAACCACUGGGUGUUGGUUAUUCUGCCAGGAAGUCUCCUCUCUACGAUAACUGCUUCCUGUACGCUCCUGAUGGUCAGCCUCUCUGUACCUGCGACAAGAAGAAAGCCAAAUGGUACCUGGAUAAAGGGAUCGGAGAGCUUCAGAGUGAAGAUCCUUUCAUCGUGCGACUCCUGUUUGAACCUUCAGGACGUCCCGACUCCCAGCAGGACUACUAUCUGACCGCCAAGGAGAACCUGUGUGUCGUCUGUGGCAAAGCAGACUCCUACAUCAGGAAGAACAUUGUCCCACACGAAUACAGACGACAUUUUCCGAUUGAGAUGAAGGACCACAAUUCCCACGACAUCCUGCUGCUCUGCACCAGCUGCCAUGCUGCAUCCAACGUGCAUGACGGUUUCCUCAAACAGCAGCUGGCUGAGGAAUUCGCCGCCCCUCAGGGCUGCGAGGAGGGAGUUCGGCUGCUGGAGGACUCAGACCGCCGGCGUGUCCGUUCUGCUGCGCGAGCGCUGCUCAGCGCUAGGGAAGGGCUACCGGAGCAGAGACGGGAGGAGCUGCAGGCGCUGAUCAGAAACUUCCUGAACAUGAACAAGGAGCAGCAGCUGACUGACGAGGUGCUGCAGCAGGCGGCCGGCCUGGAGACGAGGAUCCUGAACGAGGCCUACAUACCUCAUGGUCUGAAGGUGGUUCGUGCUCAUGCUGAACAGGGUUUGCAGGGCCUGAUGGACCUGGAGCGGCGCUGGAGGCAGCACUUCCUGAACACCAUGCAGCCUCGCCACCUGCCUCCUCUCUGGUCCGUCGACCACAAUCACAGCAAGUUCCUCCGCAAAUACGGAGAGGACCUGCCCAUCAAGCUCAACUGACUCCUCGUCUGGUUCGACAAAGUUCCAUUGAAACUUCAAACCAACACACAACAACGUCCAACCCAGUUUCUGUUUGCGUCUUUUUGCAAGGAAAGAUUCUUAAAUCUGGAAUGACAUUUCUCCAGAAUGUGGGAAUCAUCAAUUUCUCACUCUGGGAAGAACUGAACAUUUGGGCUGGUUCUACCUUUGGAGCAUCAUGAGGAACGACUGCACAUCAAAUAAUUUUUUAAUCUUUAGGAGAACUAUUUAUGAAGUAAGUUUAGAUUACCGGUUCCAGACUGAUUUUUAAGGCUGCUCUUAGUCUCCGUUUCUGCUGCAGGUUUGCAGCGGAACGUCAGUCUGCUGGAGGGUUUUCAGUCGGAUUAGGAGUUAUCUGCUGCUCUGCCUGUUUUGUUUUUUUCACUCCAAGUGUUUCCCAGAAACAUCUCGAUCAAACUCCAUCUUUGCCCCUUUUUUCUAAAAGAUGAGCUGGUGGUUGAGAUGCGUCUGGGUGGGGGUGAGCAGCGUUGGUUUAUGUAACCGGACCGUUUCAUCUGGACGUUUCCGUUCUGCUGCCGUUGUUCCGGAAGGUCGGGACAUCUUCAUGGAUCAUGUUUUAAUGUUCCUCUUCAUCCCAACUGAAGGAGACACCGUGGUGGCGAGAGGAAACGUUGCUUCAACUCAACACCGUUUUUCCCAGACGUCAUGCGACAUCACACAAUUCCUACAGCGAAGUACUUGUGCCAACAGUAACGAUGAAGCCUGUUCCAUGCAGAGUUAAGACUACAAAAGAUACUUUAAAUUAUAAAAUCAGCUGCUUCAAGUGGAAACGUGUUUUUCCAAAACGGAAUUAAAGAUAAAAGAAUAAAUGUUUGUAUUAAAAUCAACUUGUUGGAGAAUAAUUCGCACACCUCUAUAACCAAAGGAAAACCAACAGCAGGGUUUAUUUCUUACAAAAUCGCAGUUUAAUAAAUAGUCUGUAAAAAUGA